AUGUUUUAUCAAUAUUUACUAGAAAAAAUUAUUCGAAUACAUCAUCAAUCAAUUUAUUCUAUUGUUAUUAUUUUUAAAAAAUUUGAAUUUUUUAUUGAUUUUAUUUUAUUAACAGAUUAUUUUCGUCGUUAUAUAUUUGAACGAUAUAUUAUUGAAAUAAAAAUCAAACAAAUAUUUUUUUCGAAAUCAAAUUUAUUUAUUAUUAUUAUAUUAUUAUUAUUUCUAUUUCCUUUAGCACGUGCAACUAAAUUAUCAUCAUCAACAAAAUUUGAUCUUUUAUUAUUAACUAAUUAUACAAUUACAUUUUCUUUUAAUUUACCAUUAUCAAAAUCACAAUGGAAUGCUGGAUGUUGUUUAAGACCUAAUCAAACAAUGUGUGAUUCAAAAAUAUAUUCUCCAAUAACUGGUCAUAGUAUAUAUGUAUCAAAUGAUACAUCAAGUGGAACAUUUUUAUUUGAUGGUGGUAGUGAAUUAAUUGAUCAUCGUUCAUCAUUUUUUACUAAUGAUUAUAUUAAUAAUUAUGAUGUUCUUCGUAAUCGUACUAUAUUUUGUCAACGUUAUGAUGCAUUUCGACAUUUAUCAUCAAAUUCAUUAGCUAUGUUUACAUAUUGUAUUGUUAUCAUUGGUAUUAUAUUAAAUUCAUUUGUAUUUAUUGUUUUUAUGUGUGGUACAUUAAGACGAUCAACAUCAUUUACAUUAUUUGUUGCAUUAACUGUUUUUGAUUUAUUAAGUUUAGCAUCAAGUUUAUUUGCAUUAUUAUUUCGUACUGUAAUGACUUAUUUAACUAAUUCAGCUAUAUUUUGUAAAAUGUUUGGAAUAUUUUUCUUAUAUUUUCGUCAAUGUUCAUCAACAACAUUAUUAUUAAUUGCUCUUGAACGUUGUAUUGUUAUUAAAUAUCCAUUUUGUCGACAUAUAUUUGAAAAAUAUCGUUUACCAUUUUUAGCUAUGAUGAUGCUUAUAUAUGUUUUACCUAUUCCAUUUGAUUUUAUAUUUUAUACAAGUGGUACAUUACAUUGUGAAGCAUUUGAUACAUUACAUGCUAAACGUUAUCAAAUAUUUCGUGGAUUUUUUACUGUAUUAUCAUAUGCAAUGGUACCAUUUGUUGGUAUAGCUAUAAGUAAUUUAUUAAUUAUAAUUGAAUUAAAAAAUUCAAAAAAACGUUUUAUAAUGAAAAAUGAUGAUGGAACAAUGACAAAUUUUACAACAAAUUCUCCUGAAAUACGAGGUACAACAGUUAUGUUAAUAGUAGCAUCAUUUGCAUUUCUUUUUUUACUUGGUCCAUUCUAUGUUCAUUGGUGUAUAACAUAUUUAUUUUAUUAUUAUCCUCAAUGUGAAUUUACACGAAAUCUAUAUGAAAAUGUACAAGUAUGUAUGGGUGUAUUUAAUCCAUAUUUAACUGUUAUUGAAAAAGGUAUGCGUGAAUCAAAUCAUGCUAUUAAUUUUAUUUUAUAUAUUGCAACAUCAACACGUUUUCGUUCGGAUUUUAAACGUAUAUUUCGUCGUCUUUUUUAUCGUAUAUUUGGUCCAAUUAUAUUAUUUUUUGCUAAAUAUAUAUGUUUUUGUUGUACAGAACCAUCAUGUCUUGUUACACUUCAUCAAAAUGUGUCAGAUACCAUCAAUGAUGAUUUUAGAAGUGGAUCACAACGAAAAAAUCAAGCAGCUUAUAAAACAGAACAUUAUUAUUCAAAUCUUGAUCGACGACGAAAAACUCAAUUACUUCAAGCAACAUAUUCAUGUCCUACUACGCCAACAACAGGCACAAGACUAUCACCUACUGUAUCAUUUACUGCAUCACCACCAACAGCAUCUAAAACUGUCCGAACAUUGACAUGGAAUCCUUAUGAUCCAAUGAUACGUCAUGCAGAAAAUAAAAGACAAGCUGCACGUUUAUCCCAACAUUUCACACAUGCAGGUGUUAUUUAG